AUGGUUUCCGAUUCAAUCAACGCUUCAAUUCCUUCUGUCCCGAAAGAUUUUGGCAAGAAGAAGAGGGCCAAUAGGUCAGCCAAAUUGAAACAGUGCAAGCUUGAUGCUCGUCGAGAGCAAUGGCUCUCUCAAGGUGCAGUGAAGAGUAAGGGAUGUAGGGAGGAAUUGAUGGGUCCACGCGGGUUGCCACAGCAAAUUCAUGAAGAGGGAAGGAAGGAUCCGUUAGAGAAUUUGCAGAUGAGGCGGCUUGGACGACGGGUAGGGGAGGAUGAGAAUGAAAAUGGAUCAAUCCAUCAUGAUUUUGAUUCUGAUUCCCCUUCGAAUAGUCCUACUGGCAGCAGUGUCCUUGGUGGCAACGAUUCGGGCACCAAUUUUACUGCUUCCAUCAGUGGCAGCAGUACUAGUGGAAGUAGCGUUGGUUGUUGCUCUGGCUGCAUAACGGAAGAGGAUGAAGAAGGGGAUGAUAAUUGCUUGGAUGAUUGGGAGGCUAUGGCUGAUGCUCUAGCUGCCAAUGAUGAUGACAAUAAGCUAGAAAACCAUAACGAUGAUAACAAUCCAUGUUUAGAAUUGCAGUCUUCACUGGAGCAUGAAUCUAUUGUUCAAUUGGAUGGUAAUUUGGGUUCUUAUCAUGAGAAUUUGACAGAGGACAGAAGCGUGCCCCCGAGAGUGACUCCUGGGAAUAGUCGGGCGUGGAGGCCGGAUGAUGCACUUCGUCCGCAGAGUCUUCCUAAUUUGUCCAAGCAGCACAGCUUUCCAAAUACUGAUAGGCAUUAUGGACAGGGAGUGCUUGCGUGGGGUUGUGUUAGUGGUGUUAAUGUGCCAUCUGCGUGUCCUAUAUGUACAGAAGAUUUGGACUUCACCGAUGCAAGUUUCCGGCCAUGUUCCUGUGGGUUUCAGGUCUGCCUUUUCUGCCACAAGAAAAUGCUUGAGCUGGAUGGCCGCUGUCCUAACUGCAGGGAGCUGUAUAAGAAUGACCCUGUGGAGGUGGAGGCCAGUGUGCUUGGAGGUAGUCUGACUUUAAAGUUGGCACGUUCUUGUAGCAUGAGGUCAUAG